AUGGCAAAGGCAGGAGGAGGCACGUCGUGUCUCAAGGCCAUACAGCUUUUUGAAGAGAAGACAGGGCUGGUGGCUGCUGAAGCUGAGGAGGUGAAGCUCAUAGCGCAGCUCCCUCCCUUGGAGAAGAUGGAUUCCUCUUUGAAUGCCCUUGUGGCGUGCAAGAAGUUGUCGCUGUCAACCAAUUCAAUCGAGAAGAUUUCCAACCUCUCAAACUUAAAAAAGCUAGAGAUCUUGUCUUUGGGUCGGAACGUGAUAAAAAAGAUAAGUGGACUGGAGGACGUGGGAGCCACCUUGCGGCAACUGUGGCUCUCCUACAAUCAAAUUGAAAAGCUUGACGGCUUGCAGCCGUGCGUGAAACUCGAAGUCCUUUUCAUGUCCAACAACAAGGUCAAAUCAUGGGAAGAGAUUGAAAAGCUGGCAACCCUUCCGUCUCUGGUGAAUGUGCUCUUUAAGGGGAACCCAGUCUACGACUCUUGCUCCACAGAAGAGAUUCGCUGCAGCAUGCUUAAGCGCCUUCCGAAGCUCAACACACUCGACGGAGAAACCGUGAGCGUGCGCUUGUAG